UUGCUUGGAGUCUCUGAGCUGCAUUGGAGAAAUGCCAUUCUCAUCCGAUUGACUCUGCUUUUCAGAGAAUAUUUUAUUCUUUCUUUUUAAGAACACCUCUCUGGCCUUCAAUACUUGUUUGCAUUUUAUGCAACCGAACCGUUUUCCAGAGUAAUGGCCACGCUCAGAACCAUCGUCUGAUGCUCCGGAGAGAUGAAUUACAGCUGAGUUUUCCUUCCACCUUUGGAUGAAUCUCUGGAGUUUAAAUUGUAGGAAGGAAGGGGGGAAAAAACCACGAUGAAAGAGAAGUCCAAAAAUGCUGCCCGGACUAGACGGGAGAAAGAAAACAGUGAAUUUUAUGAACUGGCUAAAUUACUACCCCUGCCCUCCGCUAUCACCUCUCAGCUGGACAAAGCAUCCAUAAUCAGGCUCACCACCAGCUACUUAAAAAUGAGGGUGGUUUUUCCAGAAGGACUUGGAGAAGCCUGGGGCCACUCCAGCCGAACCAGCCCACUGGAUAAUGUUGGACGGGAACUAGGAUCCCAUCUUUUGCAGACGCUGGACGGUUUUAUAUUUGUCGUGGCUCCGGAUGGCAAGAUCAUGUACAUCUCGGAGACCGCCUCGGUGCACCUGGGCUUGUCGCAGGUAGAGCUGACCGGCAAUAGCAUUUACGAGUACAUCCACCCAGCCGACCACGACGAGAUGACUGCUGUGCUCACGGCCCACCAGCCUUACCACUCGCACUUUGUGCAGGAGUACGAGAUCGAGAGGUCCUUUUUCCUGAGGAUGAAGUGCGUCCUGGCCAAGAGGAACGCGGGCCUGACCUGCGGCGGCUACAAGGUCAUUCAUUGCAGUGGGUACCUGAAGAUCCGCCAGUACAGCCUGGACAUGUCCCCCUUCGACGGCUGCUACCAAAACGUUGGCUUGGUUGCCGUGGGCCACUCGCUGCCGCCCAGCGCCGUGACGGAGAUCAAGCUCCAUAGCAAUAUGUUCAUGUUUCGGGCCAGCCUAGACAUGAAGCUCAUAUUCUUAGAUUCCAGGGUAGCUGAGCUAACGGGUUACGAGCCCCAGGACUUGAUAGAGAAGACUCUUUACCACCACGUCCAUGGCUGUGACACCUUCCACCUGCGCUGCGCACAUCACUUGUUGCUGGUGAAAGGGCAAGUGACCACCAAGUACUACCGCUUCUUGGCCAAGCACGGCGGCUGGGUGUGGGUGCAGAGCUACGCCACCAUCGUGCACAACAGCCGCUCCUCCCGCCCGCACUGCAUCGUCAGCGUCAACUACGUCCUCACGGAUACUGAAUAUAAAGGACUACAGCUCUCCCUGGAUCAGGUCACUGCUACCAAGCCGGCAUUCUCAUAUGCAAAUUCAACUCCAACCAUAACAGAUAAUAGAAAGGGAAGCAAAUCUCGCCUCUCGAGCACAAAGUCAAAAUCAAGGACAUCACCAUACCCACAGUAUUCUGGAUUUCACACUGAGAGAUCUGAGUCUGACCAUGAGAGCCAGUGGGGUGGGAGCCCCCUGACUGACACAGCUUCUCCCCAGCUACUGGAGCCCGCUGACAGACCGAGCUCCCAGCAUCAUGAUGUCUCCUGUGCCUAUAGACAGUACUCGGACCGCAGUGCUCUCUGCUAUGGUUUUGCACUUGACCACUCCAGGCUGACCGAUGACAGACAUUUCCAUACUCAGGCCUGUGAAGGAGGCAGAUGUGAAGCUGGCCGGUAUUUCCUUGGCACGCCGCAGCCAGGAAGGGAGAGCUGGUGGGGUUCUCGUUCAGCAUUGCCCCUGACUAAGUCAUCCCCUGAGAGCAGAGAAGCAUACGAAAACAGUAUGCCCCACAUAACGUCAGUGCACAGGAUUCAUGGGAGAGGACACUGGGAUGAGGACAGUGUCGUCAGCUCACCUGAUCCUGGCUCUGCCAGUGAAUCAGGUGACCGAUAUCGUACUGAGCAAUAUCAAAGCAGUCCACAUGAGCCCAGCAAAAUUGAAACUCUAAUCAGAGCCACCCAGCAAAUGAUUAAAGAGGAAGAAAACAGACUACAGCUGCGGAAAACAACCCCUGAUCCAUUGGUCUCCAUUAAUGGCACAGGGAAGAAGCACACUAUAUGUUUUGCAAACUACCCUCAGCAGCAAUUGGCAGCGGAUGUCUGCCGUGUCCCGACAGUCGCCAGCACUCCCCCCUGUGAACACAUCCAGCAGCGAGAUGGGAAGAUUAUGAGCCCACAUGAAAAUGACUAUGACAACAGCCCCACUACUCUGUCUAGGAUAAGCAGCCCCAAUUCUGACCGAAUAUCAAAAUCUAGUUUGGUACUAGCUAAAGACUACCUGCAUUCAGACAUGUCCCCCCAUCAAACCCCAGGGGACCAUCCGGCAGCCUCUCCAAAUUAUUAUAGCUCCCACAGGCAGUACUUUGAUAAGCAUGCUUACACAUUAACUGGAUAUGCCCUGGAGCAUCUGUAUGACGCUGAAACGAUUAGAAACUAUUCACUAGGCUGUAAUGGAUCACAUUUUGAUGUGACUUCUCACUUAAGGAUGCAGCAAGAUCCAGCACAAGGACACAAGGGAACAUCUGUUAUAAUAACCAAUGGAAGCUGACACUUUUUUCUAAAAAUUUUUGUGUUUUAAAAAAUAACCUUUGAGAUCUAAUUGGAAGAUAUUAUAUGUUUUCACGCCCUUGUCGUUACCAGCAUUUGAUAUACCACAGUGCACUAGAAAGAAUAACCUAAGGUUUGGGGGGAUAAGUUAGUUAACAUGCAUUACUUCUGAAAAAGAAAAAUGCACUGGCAUGCAGGGCUAGAGUGAAUGGAGCUAAACUCGAAGUCGGAUGGAUGGAAAGGUCUAGACAGGGAGUUCUUGGGGCAGGCUAGCAGAGCAAUUCAUGCACAGUGUGUAAGAGGUGGUUGUUUGGAAAUGCUACCAAAGGCAGACCUUCUGAACUGCCUGUGCUCCACAGGUCCCAGCCAACAAAACUGCUAUGCACUCUUUUUACAGAGAAAGUUGGAAUGUGUUCCUUUGAAAUGCGCAGCAGAAUAUGCACUUCUGGUGAUCUGUUUAUUCCCUAACAGCCAAGUGUGUUAUGCUGCUCCAUGGUAUAAAGUAUCCAUGGCUAACCAAUGCAAAACCAAAAAGGCGGGAAAGAAGAGAUAACUCCUUGAAUUACUUCCUUGUAUACUCACAUGCAUAGCUAUUUACAUAUGCUUGAGUUGAAUGGAGUCAAAUGAACAGUAUCCUUAUGAUUAGUACAAUCAAAUAUUCACUUCUACUGUGUUUAAAAGAAAGGGGGCCUUUCUCAGUGUAGUUUUGAGAAAUACAGAGGGCUUGGUUGUGUUGAUGUAGAGAUGGCAGAUUGUCCACCAAGGUGGACAGUGGAGUGAAAUGGAAGCAAAUUGUCAGGAUAACAAGGAGAAUAGACUGGAAUUAGGAGUGGUCUAAGAUAAAUACAUUUAACCCUAUGGUUAUAUAUGUCAUUUAGUAAUAAUUAAAAAAACAAGGAAAAGUGGUUCUAAGUGGCUGAAUAAGUAAUAAUCCAUUUGAAAGACAGAAAGAAAUCAGUAGAAUCAUAGACUUUUUGCUGUAAAAUACAAAUGCAAUUGCAUAAGUGUAAAAAUAUGACAGGCAAGAAUAGCAAAAACUAUAUGGUGGUUUGUCCUACUUCGGAUAAAGUUUUGGAGUAAAUUAAGAAAGUAUAGAAAAUUGUAACUACUCUGUCUGAGAAAGAGUGAAGUAAUAGUUAUGAUUUUGAAAAAGAGAUAUGCAUUCUUUUUUUGCUUGCAGCAGAAAAUCAGUGAAUAUCAGAACAUAUUAGGGAUAUAAAAAUCAGUCAUAUGUACAUAAAAAAAUACUGAGGGAAAUCAGGGUUCUGAGAAAUUCAAUUGUAUGAAGAAUGCUGAUAUUAUCAGGGCCUGUCAUAAAGUUAUAGAAGACAUCAAAAGAGGCAGAGAAACUUUUUGCAAUUUUAAAUAAUGUUAUGAACGAAAAGACACUAAGUGAUUGGAAAAGAAUAAAUAAAAAACAUACGCUAAAGAAAAAAAAGUAAACCAGGGCAUUUGAAGAAACAAUUGAUAGACCUGUCCUUCUUUGUGUGGCAUUUAUAUAAAGUCUCAAAGUUAACUGCAAUAGGAGCAGGACCACCGCUCAUUAUUAUACCACUGUGGAAGUAAGGGGACUUGAGGUGGUUACUAAAAUGAGAUUAACACUAAGUCUACUUUCAUUUAUGACAUUAAGAAGCUCGACAUAUGGGACUGAGUCAUCAGUGGGAUUAAAUAUAAACCAGCAUGCUACAGGCAGGUUAAAAAUAUCUAUUUUCAAAUAAAACUAAUCAGAAGCAAAAGCUAAAUAAUAACAUUAUAAGCCACGUAAGUAGAGAUGUACUUGAAAGCAAAGGAAAUUACCUCUCUGAACUUGGGAUAUUGUGUACAGUCCUGAUCACUCCAAGGCAGAUUGUGAAUCUUGAAUUGAAUAGUACCUUACUCCAUAAGCAAUCUUUGCUGACUGCAGUGUGAUCACUCCUGGUGAAAUGUACAUUGAACACAAGGAAGAACAACACAGUCUGGUCUUUAUUAUCUAAACCUCAUAAUAGAAAAAGUGGAGCAGAGCUCAGCAAAAGAUAAAGAGACUGAAAGAUCUAAUAAAAACUUUAAAUAAACUGGGUCUGUCAUCUUUGUAAAGGAAAAGAGUAAGGGGGAAUGUCACUGGUGUGCACCAAGCUCUGCAAAGAGCGGAGAUAAAUAACAUUCUAAAACUAUUUGAACUAGAGGCAGCAAUGAGAGACAGGGCAUUGAAUGUUAGCCAAGGCAAAAUGAGAACAAAAUGAUAUGCCAAGAAGUUUAUUUGACUAACUGCCAAAUGAAUAACAAAGGUCAUAAAGAGAAGCGGCUAGAGAUUUUUGUUUGUUUGUUUGUUUUAAGAUAAAAACAAGGCAAAUAAUUGAGGGGAAGAAAAACAUUGACAACUGCUAACUCAGAGGAAUGGACCAAAAUGGACUUCUUUCAGCCCAAUGGUUGUAUAUAUUCCUAAGCAUAGGAAUGAGAAAGUAUUUUUGAUAAAUCUAAUUCUGGAUACAUAUUUAUUUCACUUAUUCCUAUGAAUAAUAUGAAUAAACUUGUAUUUGGAGUCUCAUUGUACAGUAUUGAAAUACAAUUUGCAAAGCGAAUUAGAGUAGAGGUACAUGGUAUCAUAUUCCUGCCAGUACACAUAAAAAUAAGUCUAAGUAUCAAUAUUAUUUUGUAUUACAGAAGAGUUUCUUAAACCAUUUGGAUGAACGGAACUUCGUCAGCACCCAAGUUUCUUGGGAUCACCAAGCACUCUUGUUAUCAAGCUUUUAAUUAGAAGGCAAUAGAGUUCUGCAGACCACCUGCAGUUUCCUGGCUAUGGUCUAAUGGCCACAGGUAGUCAGGAAACCAGCUUUGGCGCUGUUGUAUUUGCAUUCUGACAGGCACUUUUGAAAAAAAGACGACUUAUAAAACAAACAGGCACAAUAUAUGAUGCUCUGUGGUUUCACCUAGGAAAAAGGCCAGCAUGCUAUGCAAUAAAAAUCCCUCACUUUGAUUUACUGUGAUCCCAAAAUAAAACUUCCCAAACUGUAGUUAUUUAUCCCAUUUUCAAUAGUUCUAGUCCACUACAAUGACAAGUGCAGCAAAAAUAUACUGUAAUAAAUGGAAUAUAUCUGUCAAGUGGUCUGUACACGCAGCCAUGUUGUGUUGCAAGCAAAGGCUCACUCCUCUCACGGGGAUCCAGCAGCUAGCACUCGUUAGCAUUUCAGUACGGUCUGCUGGAGGUAAAUGCCUUUUGCCAGCCAAUUUGCCAUCCUGCUUCUUUAAAUAGCCAGGAAUUUCUUCUUAAUUGACAGAAAGCAUCGAAUAUUGUAAACAUAGACUCCGCAUGUUACAUGAAAGCAAGUUUGCAAUCUUAAUUAUAGCAUAUAAUAUCACUGCAGCUCAUAUUACAUGUACUUUUCAAUAUGGUAUAAAGCUUAUUUUUUUCCGUUACAUAUUUAUUAAAUUCAAAUUUUCGCUUAGUAUCCUUGAAGGAUAUAAUCUUCUUUUUUUGUUUCUUCCUUUUCUAAAUCAGAUGAGAUAUUUCGCAAAAUUGAAAAAUGCAAGGCAUUUGUAUUGAAUACAUUUCAAAUGUAUCGCAUUAGAUAAAAAUUAUCACUUUAAAUAAGGUAUGUAGGUUGUGUUUUACAACAGAAAAAGUAUAAAUUGCUGUGUUGCAUUAUUUUUCUAACAUAAUACUGGUUUGUUAUUAGCAUCAAAUUAAUAUUUUGUAGCUACUCCAAAUACAGACUGACCACAGCUCUUUCAAACAAUUUCUUAUUGAUGUCAGUGGAUGGUGCAUUACAAUUUUUGUGCAUUAUGAUUUUGGUAUAUCCUUUUUGUUUCAAGAAGUGAAAACCCUCUCUCUUCUUUAUACAAGAUUGUACCCCAGGAGCAUACAGUUCCAAAUUAUUUUGGAUAAAUUUGCAAAGCAAUUCUUAAAUUAGAAGAAGAACCUUACUCAGCAAUUUGUCCCAUUGACUCAAAUGGGAAUAUUUGGGGAGUAAGGUACUACUUAACAUGUGUAAGGGCAAAAAAGCUGACUUGUGAAGUGGCAAUAGGUUUGGGAUUUGUUUGUAAUUUUAUUUUAUGUUUUUAAUCUGAAGGUGUGAGUAUGGAAACUAUGGAAGGUAAUAGCUGUAAUGUCUGUGUUUCUAUAAUUGAGAUUAUUUCUACAUGCUUUGAAAAACAGCUUUUGUCGAUGUGUCCACAAUACUGCCAUAGGUUACACAGAGAAAUUCUGCUCUUUUGAACUCUUUUAAUCACUCUUAUCUGAAUCUUGUUUUUAUCUCUGGACAUGCAGCAUUUAUUCAUUAAUGUCCCUAAGUAUGUUAACCACCAUAUGUUCAGUUAUGUGAACAUCCUGUGUGAGUUAGAAAAAAAGUAAAAGUUCUCAUAGUAUUUCUGGAAAAGGCACAGCCACUCCAGAAAAUCAGACUGGCGGUUCCAAAGGUCAGUUAACCUUUCAGUCAAGGAACAAAGCAGUGGCAUACGCAUUGGUUUCAGACCUUCUGCAUACAAAGCUGUAUAUAAUGGGGAUUAUACCACACAGUUCCAGGAUUAGACCUAGCUAUGUCUAUUUUAAGGUGGCUAUAGUUAAUGUCUGGCGGCAAAUGGAUUCAGGCUCUGGUCUUUCCAUGAGUAGCAAGUUUACUUAAAACACCUAAAGGUCUAAAGGCAAUACAGGCUUUGUUGUUAGGAACAAUGGUGGAUGAACAUAUUUUCCUGUAGGUAUACUGGAUUAACUCCAGACAUCUCCACAGUGUGGAGGUGAACAUAUUUUUUCUUUAUUUGCAGUUAGUAUUGAUGGUUAAAUAUUUUGGCUGUAGGCACUGAGAAGCAAAAACCUUUAAAAACCAGCAAAAAACCACAAACCAAAACCACAACAACCAAAAGAAACCCCUUAGUUUUUCUUUACCUUUUCAAUUUGAUGCUAGUUAAGUCUGCUGGAGGUGUAGCUGAGGGUUUAGCUACUAUUUUGAAGACUGAAAAAUUAAAUAGUCUUCUGUUCAGAUGGUGAGCACUAGUGUGAUUCCAGUUCACAUUUCAUUAGAGCAUUUAUUACUGGAAAAAAAAAAUUAUGUGAGGUUAAACUUCACUGUGUCAUUUAGUUUAUGUAUAUAAUAGUUCUGUGGAUAAAUCUGGCUCUAAAUUGCUAGGAAUACAUCCCUUUCUGAAAAGAAGUAAUUUAUGAGCCCAUCUAUGAAGCUGUAUUUGAAAGGAAGGAUCAAACACAGGAAGAAAAUAAAGCUUUUUGUCUGGUUGUAUUCACUAUUUAACUCCCCUCUCACAUGGAGUUGUCAAGAUUUCCUAUCAUUCGAGGAUUCAUAAUAGAAUUUUUAAACAUUUUUAUUUAUUGCAUUUUGGACUGGACAUGUUUUUUUCUUUUCCGCUACUGCUGCAGUGGGAAGUUUAGAAAUGCAAGAAAUAAUCUUGCUCACAUUAUAAAACAUUGGCACCUUUACAUUUCUAAGGAAAUAAAGUCUAUUAGGAAAAGUAUUUUUAAGGCACUGCUACUUUUUCCCAAGGUAAAUAUUUCGAUGCAUAAAAUAUACUAAUCUAGCAAAAAAAGCACUUGAAACAUAAUGAAGCAUUUCAUGUUUUAAACCAAUGGGUUAUAUUUAUGGAAAGACACAGAUUGCCGGUGUUUCAAAUACCAUGCCUUGCAAUGUAUAGGGUCUAGUGACAUUAUAGCCUAACAUCUGUAAUUUGAAGUUUUCCUUUGGAAUGUAAUGUAGGAAACACAAUUUAGCUAUGUCAACAAUAUCUUGCAAAUUGUUCCCAUUUAUAGUUAUUUAUAUUGUAAAUAGCUUUCUGAAGUAAAUUUGAAGUUAAUGUGCAUAAGAUGUAUUUAUUAUGUGAAGAUUUUGUUUGUUUGUUUGUUUAAAAUAUAGCUAUCAAUACGCA